UAUAACCAAACCAUACAUGUCUACUACAAUUUCUAAAACUAUAAUCCUGUUCGGUAUUAUCAUAAUCAAACCAUAUUCUCUAUUUCGGUCUGGUUUGGUUUGGUUUUGCAUAUUCUCCAUGUCAAAAAAAAAAAAACUUAAUUCGUCGGUGACGACGCACGCUUGCACUUCCCAUAAGCACUCAAGCCGUAAGCUAGGUCAACCUAUCUUCACUACCACUACUAGGAAGUUAGGAACCCUUCUCUAUAAGUAGAAACUCUCCUGAGAUCUCUUCUUUCCUCAUAUACACACCACAUUAACUACUUCACAAUUGCUUGUCUCUCCCUUUCUAUUAUCUUUAAUUUCUAUAUAUAGAAACUAGGUGCAAUAAUUUGUAAUUUUAAUGACUAAGUUAAGCAUCUCGUUUUGCUUCGUCUUGUUUCUUCUGCUAGCCUCAGUUGUCACCGGAAGCCGCCCUCUUGAGAAGACUCCCGUCGGGGUAAGGGUAAGAGAGUUAAGCACAUCUAGUGAGGCGACCACCUCGACUGUAGCAGAUGGUCAAGCUACAGGGGGCAGUGGCAGCCAGGAAAAAUCUCCGGAGAGGUUAAGCCCAGGAGGAUCCGACCCGCAGCAUCAUUAGGGUUACCUUUAUAA